UCAUUCUCAAUGCUGCAGCUGUGCUUGGCUGUCACCCUCCACACAGAGGGUGUCUCUGCCACCACCCCGGCCCCGCUCCAGGACAACUGCUCAUUGACAAAGGUCCUUGAUGUUUUCUGAGGCACCCCUCAUGUCGAACAAGGGCAGGGAUGGAGAAGAGUUUGAGGAGUUAGCCAGACCAGAACCUCCACCACAGAAGCCUGUCCACAGACCAGGUAAAGAAAUGUACACUCAGGAAAGAAGGCGGACCCUCCAGGAGAGGACAAUGCCUUCUCAACAGGAACCUCCAGUUAGGCAGCAAGUCCCCAAGAUGAUGCCCAGAGAACCCAGUUUCCCUGCCAGAAGCAUGUCUCUGCGAAAAGCUAUGUCUCUCCAGAACUUGAGCCAGAUAGAGACACCCUGGGAAGGGGUCACCCUCAACCGCUGUCUGUUCAUAGCCAUCACCAUCCUGCUGUUCAGCACUGUCUUUCAGAAACUACACGAAACCAUAAAAGGUGGACGGGGUGUGGAGGAAGAGGAGUAUGACAUUGCACUGACUGUGAGGCGCUCCGCGCUGAGACACAAAGUCCCACCACAGGAGGUAGUGGUACAGACAUACAAAAUACUCUCCCGUCUCUCUGGGCUCAGAAACCUCAUUCCCGACAUGCCAAAGACAUCUCUGUAUGAGGUGCUCUUCUGGUGGUUACCUGACAUUGAUGACGAUAAUGAAGAAGCUGAUGAAGGGGAAACCAAACAAGGUCGAGUGAAGAAAAGGGUUCGAGAGAGGUCGCUGAAGGGCCUGAGAGGCAAUGGAACACCAGAGAGAAAACUUGUAAAAGGCAGAGAGGGGAAGACAAAAGAUAAGAGGGCCAAGAGAGAGAGGGAUGAAGAAACUAAGGGAAAGAAAAAGGGAAAACAGGCCAAGCUGGGAGAUGUGGAAAAAAUGGAUGAGGAAAUAAAUGAAGGCGAAGAUGAGGUAAAACCCAAGAAGCUACAAAAGGUUAUGAAAUUAAAAGCCAGCUAAUCUUAAGGCAAACACCAUGCUGUCUGAUGAAAUAUUUAGUAAAGGAGUAUGAUAGAUCUAGUUCUCCAUUUGUAAUUGUAUA